GUGCGCGUCGUGGGCGUAAAGGACAACAACGGCUAUACCUCACAUUCUCUUCUCACUCCCCCCCACCACCUCUGCUUCCAUUUUGUCUCGUCUCGCGUCGCGCCCACGGAGUCAAUCAAGCGUUCGACGUACGUGCCGAGCGAGAGUGGGUUGAGUUGCGUUGGGUUGGGUUUGGGGGGCAGAGGCGGAGAUGGGGGCCUCGGGGAAGUGGAUCAAGUCGCUGGUGGGACUCAAGGCGCCGCCGUCGUCGGCGGCGGCGGGGACGAAGGGGCGGAAGUGGAGCCGGCUGUGGCGGAGCCCCUCCUCGUCCAGAGGCGGCGGCAACAACGCGCCGUCGCCGUGGUGCGAGACGACGUCGGCCUCGUCCGCCGCCGCCGCCGGCGCGCUCAGCUCGGACGUCGUCGCGGCCGUGGUGCGCGCGCCGCCCAGGGACUUCCUGGUGAUCAGGCAGGAGUGGGCCGCCGUCCGCGUCCAGACCGCCUUCCGCGCCUUCCUGGCGAGGCGGGCGUUGAAGGCGCUGCGGGGCAUCGUGCGGCUGCAGGCGCUGGUGCGGGGGCGGCUGGUGCGGAGGCAGCUGGCCGUGACGCUCAACCGCAUGGAGGCGCUGCUAAGGGUGCAGGAGCGAGCCAUGGAGCGGAGGGCGCGCUGCUGUGCGGACGGCGGGGAUGACCCUGUCAGGGAAGCUGAGGAACAAUGGUGUGCCAGGCAAGGUUCUGUCGACGAAGUAAGAUCGAAAAUGCAAAUGAAGCACGAGGGUGCAGUGAAGAGAGAAAGGGCAAUGGCUUAUUCUCUUUCUCACCAGCCUCGGAGCGUAAAACACAGAGGGAGGCCAAGCUCCCCUGCUAGCUCUCUCAGGAACCAUGAGUCUUAUAUCGAAGGAUGGAUGGCAACAAAACCUUGGGACAGCAGGCGUAUGGAUCCAAACCGCAGCGAAUCACAUUGCCUAGAGAACUCCAAUGAGCUGAACUUAGCAGGCUCCAAAUUUUCAGAUUCUGGGACUGGGAGGUCUGUUAAGGUUAGAAGGAACAAUGUGGCAACCAUGGUGGAAGCAAAGUCUCCUUCAUUGCUCUCAGCUUCUUCUGCUUCUUUGGACUUGGCGUUCGAUGAGAGCUCUCUGUCGACAUCUUCGGUAACUCCGGCAUCUGCUGCCAUGGCAUCCGAAGCAAGAUCUGUGGACAGUGGUUACAGAGGUGGAGGGCCGGGCUACAUGAGCUUGACCAAGUCUGCCAGAGCAAGGCUGGACGGCUGCGGCGGCAGCCGUAGAGGGCUAUCACCCCAGAUGCAAAGGCAGAGAUCCGGUGGCAUGCCGUAUCGCAGAAGGGUGGCACUCUCUUCACUAGACUCCCAGAGCAAUGCUGGUUCGGAUAUCUCAGCCGCCUGUAGGAGGCUGAACAGCAUGUCUUUGAAAGGUCCUAGCAUGAUGACAAGAAGCUUGGACAAGGAGAAUGACUAUUGAUCCUACUAGCUAGCUGGUUAUCUGCUCAUUGGAGAAAACACAAUUUAUUUUGCACCUUAUAUAAUUCUCUUUACAGCUUCUUCUCUGCUUUAGUAGUAGGUUUAUACCUCCAUUCCAAGUUCAACCCCUCAUUGCUUGUAUUGCAUUUUGGUGCAAAUAAUGUUAUUCGGUAGUACAAUCAUGUAAAGAUCAUCGAGGAUGAACAUGACAUCUAAUGUGUCACCGACAUGUGGCCCCGAUUCCUAUUCUAUUCUCACUUUGCAGGAA